AACAUGUGGAGCUCUCAAGAUACUAAGCCCGGUUGUUCGCGGCACCGGCGUUGAACUUGGAUAUUUUCCGUCUGACUAUUCCAUACAGCACCAAACAAACACGGGACGAACAUGGAAAAACAGCGUCACGGACAUAGAGCCACGAGCAGGGUCUUACGAAGAGAAAAAAGUUUCUGAUUAUUUAUACAUAUUGACUAUAUUUAGCUUUGGAGAAAAAGAUGAAGGAACGUAUAUUAUAAAGUGCAACUCAGAUAGCUACUAGAAUUCUGUGCAGCUUCAUACACAAGAGCGACCGAGUUACCCAGUAAUUGAUGGUCCAACUUCCACUGACUUUAACACAACCGAAUGUAUUUAUGUUUAUGUUGGCUCCGAUAUUUAUUGCAAAACAAACAAUGGAACAGAACCCGUACAAGUAGUACUUUUACUGGGUAAUGAUUCAUUUGUUCUUGCCGAAGGCGAACGGAAGAAAGGAUUGUACCGAUUUCUUAACGUUCAUCAACAUAUGGAUGGACUGUCAAGACGGAAUGUGACAUGCCAGGUUUCUAAUGUAGCCCUUGAAACACCCUACGAAGUGCGCGGCAUUCUCUGUAACGUGGAGAAAGGUAACCCGCCUAUCCUAACAGUUCCUGAAUUCCUUGAUGGAGAAAAUUCGACAACAAUAUGUGAAGUGCGCAAUGCUAUCCCCGCUCCGGAAAUAGAAAUACGCGUUGACAAAGUAUUACUGGCUGAUGCUCAACACACCGAUUCAUUUAAUGCAUCAUCUCAUACGUUUACAAGUUUAGCAAAGGUGACAAAGGCUAACAAAACGUGGAAUGGAAAAGAAAUGUGCUGCACCAGGAAAAUAAUUUAUGAUAUUGGUAUUAAAGAUGUGUCAGUCUGCAAACACAUUAAUAUGAAAUGUGACCCGACUAUGAAUUUGAACACGACAUCACCUGUUAAUUUAUAUCCGGAUAUUACAGUGACCGUCAAAUGCUAUGUUGAUGACAGCGAUGCUGAAGGACGAUGGACGCUUUCGUGGAAAGAUGAGAAUAGCACUGUUAUGAAGAAUUGUAACAAAACAGAUGAAUGCCUCUUAACACUUUAUUAUGCGAGAGAUGGCGAAAAUACAUACACUUGCAACGCUUGGAAAACAAACGAGCUUUUGAAAAAUUCCUUGACCGUUAUAAGCGCAAGAACAGAUGGAAGUCAAUCCUACGAAACUGACAUUCAUACAUUCCGAUUUCCUGUCAUCAAUGUACUUAUCGGAGCAGGUGUUAUAUGUGGACUCUGCAUCCUGUUUGUUAUUGGAAGAUGGAUAUAUCUGAAACGGCUGAAGGUCAACACAACUGACACAGUAGAAAUUGUUGAAAAUCACAGUGACACCUCAUCGGACAAUGGAGUGCUACAUAUAGCAACAGAAGGAGUCCAGUAUGCUGUCGUGCAUAGGCAGGCGGCCACACAGAGGAUUGAAACGCAGAACCCACAGGAUGACGAAUGCCUCAAAUACGCUGAAUUGGACGUUAAGUUCCUACAGGCAGCCAACGCCAGAGUUCCGUCAUGGAAAAAGAAUACGCCGACGGAGUAUGCUGAAAUUAAGUUCUUUUCGACACAGGGACCUGCUGUCGAACAUCCUGGGUACCAUUAUGCAUCAGUGUAA